AUAAGAAUCAUCGCGGUUGGAAAAACUGGCCUUGGCAAGAGCUUUACCGCCACAGUAUUCGGAUUUAAUGCAGAGGUGGGCAAUGAUCCGGAUUCAAUGACUAAGGAUGUGACAAUCCACAGUAGUGAUAAGUACACCUACAUUGAUACUCCUGGGUUUGACGACAGCGAUAUAAAAGUGGAGGACAGAGAAACGAUCUUUGACAUCCUGACCAAAUUGCAAGAUAAAAAUAUCACAGAAAUUCAUACAGUGUUUUGGUUCGUGGAAAAAGGAGACAGAGGAACGCAAUCUCUUCAGCGACAAGCGAGAUUCAUCAAGUCUCUUGCGAUGAAUAGUGAAACAAAAAGCAAUAUAUGGAAUAAUGUAAUCGUCAUAAUUAAAGGAGAAGGCUCUGACACUGACAUACAAAGUAUAAACGCUGUCAAGAGUGCUGUCAAUAUCAUAAAUGUGGGAAGAGAUAUGCUUGCUAAGACUUCAUUCAUUCAUGUGUAUUUAUAUGAUCGUUUGAGUAAAACUCGUGUUAGUCGUUUUAACACUGAAGAAUUACAUGAACAAGGAAUAUACAAGAAGGAGGAGUUGUUGGAUGUUUACAAAAAGAUAAUACAGGAAAAAUAUCAUGCAGAAAACCCAAUAAAAAUCACUUUUAAAAAUGCAAGGUGCGUCAAGUGUGGAAAGGAAACUGACAGAAGACUGGCUAAAAAGUAUCCGUGUCAUACAGAGGUAAUUCACAAACAUCCAAACAUGAAACUUGUUCAUACAGGACAACCGGUACCCAUAGAUGGAUUUAGUUUCGUUGAUUCCAUCCCAAUUAUAAGUGAUGUUGUCAAUUAUCUUAAAUUUUGGAAACAGGAACUUGUAUGGACCUGUUGUGGGAAGCUCUAUAUACCUAAUUGGACGCACAUUAGAACUAGUGGUUGCCGUAAGCGCUGUACUGAAUGUGAUAAAGGCGCGGCUACGCAAGGGUGCAUGAAAGUUUGCAAGGGGUGUGGCCGGCCUUGGGGAGAACCACAUGGCUGUUCCAAGGAAUGGCAACACGAAUUUAAUACAUUUUAUAGUUCACAUGAUGAAUUAUAA